AUGAGGCUCAUAAAGUUUAAAAGUAAGACCUCUCUAACUAGUCUAAUUCAAACGAAUUCGUAUCCAAUAAGACACGAAGGCCAAGGGACACAUCCAUACGAGAUGGUCGCUACACGAAUGAAAGUAAGAAUGUUCCUUCAUAGAAGGAAGCAAUUUUUCAUUGUGAUGACAUUGUUUCUAGCUUUAGUAACACUAUGUUUGUUUACAUUUAAAUCACUACCAACAGACAUAAUACCGGAAUUAAAACCAUAUCAGAAGGAUAUAUUUAGAUUCGGUACAUUUAAGGACGGAUACUACGUGGAUCCAGACUCAAUAACAGGAGACGAUUCUGGGUUUGACCUCGAGAAAACAAAUACUAAUUAUUCGUUAUUUAGUGAUGACAUAUACUCACAAUUAAAGGAUCUUGAUAUAGCGAAUAAAUGUAAUAAGCUUGCAAGGACUUUGAUAUUGGAUUCUACGUCGAAGACCCUUGAUAUAGAUGGGUCAACUAAAUCGUUAAUGAGAAAUGUAGAAAGAUUUAGAAUUUACGAUUACUGUUUCUUAAGAGGGAAUGUAGAGUUAAAGGAUAUAUUUGCAGAUGAUUUGAGUCUCAUGACGAAAUUAACACAUAAAUUAUUCCCAUUUUUGAAUAUACAAUAUACAGAAGAAUAUCAAUCCAACGAAGUCUUAAUCUUUGAUUUAUCUACAAAUAAAGAUACCACUGUAACAUUUCAUGAUCAUUUGGAUAAUCCUUUUAAAUAUUGGAUAAAGACAGCAAAGGGGAAAGGGAUAGUCACGACAAUGUCAGUGAAAGAAAUAGAUUAUUUCCUUAGACUUAUUAAAGUUCUCGAUAAAUUGAAAAAUGAAUUACCAAUCCAAAUAGUAGUAACGAAUUUAAAUGAUUUUAAUAUUAUUAAGGAUACUUUAAAACACAAACUUUCUAAUUCAAGACAAGAAAUAAUAAUUUUGAACGUUUCUCAAUUACUUGAUACUGAAUUUACAAAAAUUAAAAUUACAGGUUAUAUUAGUAAAUGGAUUGCUACUUUAUUUAAUACAUUCGAAGAAUUUAUAUUUUUAGAUGUAGAUGUAGUACCAUUCCAACCAAUUAAAGAAUUUUUUAACAUCCCAGAAUAUCAAAAGCAUGGAUUAUAUGUAUAUCGCGAUAGAGACAUCGGCCAUGCUAAACUUGAACCUCAUUGUAGAACUAAUUUCUUUAAUUUAGAACCAACACUCCAAGAACGUCAGUUGAUUGGAACUCAAUGGAUCUUCAAUUUAAAAUCAAGUGCUUUACAAUUAUCACAAACUAAGGAUACAGAACAAGAAGUGUACAAGUCAUUUUUCAAUAAUUUAAUUAUGCAUCAAGUUGAUAGUGGACUAGUUAUAAUAAGUAAGACAGUAGAGAACUAUAGUAGUUUAUUGAUGGCUAUGCAAUUAAACAUGGCAGAGAUAUUAGAGGAUUGUGUUCAUGGAGAUAAAGAGUACUUCUGGUUAGGUCCUCUUGUCGCAGGCCACUCAUAUUCAAUUGACCCCACACGAUGUGGUGCCGUGGGGACAUUAUACGAAGAGAAACAAGUAAAUAAUGACGACGAAGAAGAUAUCAGUAGAGUCGGUAUAUGUUCUACUCAAAUAGGUCAUUGUAACGACAAGAAUUCAUUGCUAUGGCUAAACGGUGGUACAAAACUAUGUAAGAAUCCACAUGCUGCUACAAACGAUUUCGAGAAAUAUCCCGAUUUUAUGACACAAAGGUAUGGGAACGUGGAUGAAUUAUCCAAAAUAUACAAUUCGGGACUUCAUAUUGAUGGCAUGGUUAUUCCCGAUAAUAGUGAAGACACUAUGAGCUGGAUGCAAACAAGAGAGUGUUCUCAAUAUAGAUUUUGCGCGUAUGUUGACAUCUCAAAACAGAGUCAUCAUACGAAAUCUGAAAAUUUGAUUCGGUUUGAUCAGAAACAAAUUCAGAAUUACAAUAAGAUAUCUGCCAUUUGGUCCGAAGAUAUUAAAGAAUUAUUAGAGUAA